CGUGUACGCGCGGGGGCCCGGCCUCGAACUCGUCUUCCAAGCAAAUAUUCCUUCCAAGUCUUGUCUCGGUGGAGAUCCUGCUCGAACUCGCAAGGUCGUCAUGUGUGUCUGAUCCUAAGCGAGAAAAGCUAGUGCGUGACGUAAGCCGAUGCAGUUUGACUGCAUAGAAAUAGGCGUCUCAUCUACACAGCAUCCCUAAAUUCGCAUAAUCGGAUCCCAUGCGUUCUGUAAACGAUGUAUCCGUGGAUGUGCGUAUUGGCAAGUAUACACACACACACAUAUACAGACGCUCUGCGCAUUAGCAUUUGUUACAUUCUCCCUCAGGACAAUUUUUUUUUUGAGUUUGGAUAAGUAUUCGCAUAUUUCUGUAACUCCUUUGUUCUUUUUACUACUGUCAGACCUCCGACGGCACAUGCACCCGGUAGAACCUCCAUCAACUACGUCGCACCCUGCAGUGCACGUCGCAUAGAACAAUCCGUCGAGGCAUAUAGUAAGGCUGCGUUUUACUUUCUUCCUUCGUCCGCAUGCAUUCGCUCGUCGCGCGCGAUGAACAGUCAGCGCUCAUGAAUGUGGAACGAGGACUGAGCUUCCUGCGCGCCAGCAAAGACCCGGCCCACGACGUUGCGUCGCCGAAGCCGGGGGGCAACGAUGAGACGCAGUCGCCCUUUGAGACUCCGAUGCAAAGCCGCUAAGUAGUUGCGAACAAUAGAGGACACCCGGAGGACCACGAUGGCGGGCCGUGCGGGGGCGGGCGGCGCGUUUUCAUCCGCCACCACAACAGGCGGAGGACCCCUCCGGCGAGUGGACAAGGAUGCGGCCGGGAACGUCCUCCGCCUGCGAGAGAGCUUCGACGCCGAGAAGCGCGUUUUCGAAGGCAGCCUUGAGCCGCUGCUGUACGCGGAUGAGUGGACAUCGCCAGACACGGUGUGGGUUCGGUGGGCCCGAAAAUGGCUUCUUCUGAGCAUCGUGCUUCUCACGUUAGGCUUCCUGGUGGCAGACAUCAUUUUCCUGAUUCAGAUGGCGCGGAACCGCGUCAUCGAAAUGCCAAGCACCGUCUCGGAAGCCAUGGCCGUCGGCACGGCGUACGCCCGCAUCUACUAUGGAUUCGAGUUCAUCGGCGCGCUUGUUCAAAUGAUAUCCUUCUACCCGCUACGAAGGCAUGAUCCGUUCGCAUCGCAAGCGCGACCACACCUAUCUCUACAUGUGGUAGUCAUUUCGAAAAAAUUUUGGAGCUAAGAGCAAGCUUGUGCGACAGUCAGUUAUGUUUAUCCGGUACUAUUCCGGUGGUGCUUACCACAGACAUUUCUAGCCUUCAGGCCAGUUCUUCUCGAACCAAAACGGCAGCUGUGUCCUGGUAACGUUUUCAACCAAGAAGAAGGAGUUCCGCUAGUGCAGCGACGGCCCUGCAUUGUUCGACUGCGUCGGGUCUUUCCCUUGCAUACCUUUUCCUGCUUCGGAACGGCGCCUGCAGUUGCAAGCGGUUCGGGAUCAGUAAUCGUAUGCUCCGGUGGAUGUCCCCGCUCUUUUACGUGUUCUUUAUUCUCAUCCCCACGACCGAGGGACCGGACCCGCUCUCGCAGACCCAGCGCUACAUCCACGAAGCUUGUGCUAUCACCUCUUUCGCACUGUAUUUGGCCGCGGAAGUUCACACCUUGUUCUGCUCCGACCUCAUCCUUCGUGGGGCAAACGGCCGAGAGGAACCCCUGUAUCACACGCGCGAAGAGACGCUGACGAAGCGGCGGCAGAGCACCUGGCAGCGCAUGAACCUGAGUGCGCAGUCGUUGUUGGACUUCGCCGCGCGGCUGCUGGCCGCGGUCGUGCAGAAGUGCAGUUGCUGGCCGAGCGAAUUGUUACAGCUCCUGAGCUCAGUUCCCAGCAAUUUGCGGACUUCCUUUCUCGGACUUGACAACUUGACCCGCGAAGCACUCUUCGCCAGUCCGGCAAAUCCCACGCGUGCAGAUUUGAGUAGUUCGCCGCAGAUGACUGAACCUGCCGACCCAGCAGGCGGCCUGAUCCAACCGCGCACUCGCGGCCCUGCAGCGUCGAAAGUGUCGGCUCUAGAAACUCCCCUGCUCGUCACCAGCCGAACAAACGGAGAGGUUCUUUCAGAGAAGGAUCGAGGCGUCCGAGGAAUCAUACCGGUAUCGGAAUUCUCAAACAGCAGUAGCGGGGAAUCAACAGCCGCCAAGGACCGCGCGGCUGCGCCGUUUCGCGUUUUGCCCGUGGUCCCUAGCACGCCUGCGAAACAAGUGGGCCUUCCGCAGGACGUUGUUCCCGUAUUAGUUUCGGAAAUCGGCGAGGCGCUCGAUGAAAGCAGCGGAACGAUAUCAAAGCGAGGGACGAUUGCGGCGCACCGGGCGUUUUACAUGUUUGCCGCAGAACGUGCAGCGCGACUGACCGCGGUAACUCUGUCCUGCCUUUCCUUCACACUCUUUUUUUGCCUCCAGGUAUUGUACGUGGUCGGUGGUGUCCGACCUGCGCUGCUCGCGCUGCUCUCUUUUGUGUUGGAGAUGUUCGGAGCGCUGUUUGUGUUCAUCGGGCUUGCCAACAUCUGGUACUUUGCCAAACCCCUGCAGUCGUCCCGGCAAUUCGGGCGCUACCACCCGGAAGACGGCGCGAAUGUAUUUAAGCGCGCACUGGACGCCAUCGCUCUUGCGGGGCUCGUGCUCAUGGGUGCGCACCUCUGGGUGCUGGCAGAUUACUGGUCCCCCGCAGUCGCAGUGAGCAACUGUCUCGACGACACCUGCCAGACCUGUCUCCCGGGCACGGAACACGACCGAAACACGCAACCAGGCGGCUGGCACGCCUGCGAUUCCUUGACCUCAAACGCGAUUUUCUGGACGGAGAAACUCGGCGCGGCCUGCUUCUGCGAUCCGAGACCCCACCUGCUAGAUGGGACGUCGGAUGGAGCCACACGAGACGGGGCUGAAAAUUCUCAUCGUCUGUCCGAAGAAGCGCGUCGCUCUGCGGCUCGUGCUGCACAAGUUGGUACUACAAUAAUUUUGAGCAGUACGCGUAUAGACAAUUCAUCUUCAUCAGGAGGUCGAUGCGAAAUGAUAUCGAGGUAUCGGCGGCCCGCGGUGCGACUUUUUGCCUCAGAAAGUCAUGGUCUUCCUAGUGUACAAGUCGUACUUGCGGAGAGGGUAAUGCCUACGCCUGUCUAGCAGCUAUCGCGUCGACUUGUACAAGUAUGCAUCCUGGGCGCGAUGAAAAUGAUUUGAUAGGCGCUCUACUGCCAGUCGCCGCACUGCGGCCCCGUCCGUGCAACUCGCUCGCACUUUUGAAGCCCCGUCUGCACGGCGGGGGCAGCGCAAUGAGCAGCUUCCGACUCCAAUACUUAUUAGAGGGACGCUGCUGGUCUUUGAUCAGAGGCCGCUAUUGAAAAAAUAAAACACAGGUCGCCUCGGCGGUGUAAGUUGCAACGCCCCGGCUUAUCCGUACGUGAUCGAUGUGGCGCCCGCACUGAUGCCGUUUUCCCUUCUUCGGCUUGAGGGAUGCCAGAUUGAUGAUGUCCGCAGCCUGGAGGAUCCCACGCUUUCGUACUUGACCACCCCCGGCAAUCCGGUGUCCGACUUCGCUGCGAAGGGCAUCGCCUGUGCCCUGAUACCCGCGGACUACGAAAAGACGGGUUCCCUGUCGUGCAACAGUGAUACGAAAUUGACCGUGUACUGUGCUGAUGAGAUUGGACGCCCGGUCAGUUUCUUCGCCCAGCAAAUCCAAGACGCUUGUUAUGGGUCCGCGGCGUCAGUGCUGGACGCGUAGAUUUGUUGAAUGCAAAUGAGAAUACAGCAAACGUAGUACGUGUUUUACAAAGACACAGGCUCACCCACCUAGGGAUUUAGCGACGCGAUCCUUCAAGAGGCAAUUUAU